CGUCAGGAAGGACAUAAACAAAACAAACCCGAGGAAGCAUGGAGAGGGGCCGCGGCCCCUGCAGCGGAACCGGACCCAGCCCCUGAGCCACCCCCACACCCACAGAUUUGCACAGAAUUAUUAAAACAACAACAACAGUGAUCCAAGCAGUUGAAUUGAAAGUGUUCUGGGAAAUCUACUGUUUAUCGUGAAAAUUAUCUUUGAUCUUGAAAUUAAAAGUAAAGCUGGAAAGGAAUUUACAAACGAGAAAAAAAAGAAGUUUGGGAUCGGACUCACAGGAUCUGGGCUUGGAAAUGCCUCAGCCUAGUGUAAGCGGAAUGGAUCCACCUUUUGGGGAUGCCUUUCGAAGCCACACCUUUUCAGAACAGACUCUGAUGAGCACAGAUCUCUUAGCAAACAGUUCAGAUCCAGAUUUCAUGUAUGAACUGGAUAGAGAGAUGAACUACCAGCAAAAUCCUAGAGACAACUUCCUUUCUUUGGAGGACUGCAAAGACAUUGAAAAUCUGGAGUCUUUCACAGAUGUCCUGGAUAAUGAGGGUGCUUUAACCUCAAACUGGGAACAGUGGGAUACAUACUGUGAAGACUUAACGAAGUACACCAAACUAACCAGCUGUGACAUCUGGGGAACAAAAGAAGUGGAUUACUUGGGUCUUGAUGACUUUUCUAGCCCUUACCAAGAUGAAGAGGUCAUAAGUAAAACUCCAACUUUGGCCCAGCUUAAUAGCGAGGACUCUCAGUCUGUUUCUGAUUCCCUUUACUACCCUGAUUCACUUUUCAGUGUCAAACAAAAUCCCUUGCCCUCAUCAUUCCCUGGUAAAAAGAUCGCAAGUAGAGCAGCUGCUCCUGUGUGUUCUUCUAAGACUCUUCAGGCUGAGGUCCCUUUGUCAGACUGUGUCCAAAAAGCAAGUAAACCCACUUCAAGCACACAAAUCAUGGUGAAGACCAACAUGUAUCAUAAUGAAAAAGUGAACUUUCAUGUUGAAUGUAAAGACUAUGUGAAAAAGGCAAAGGUAAAGAUCAACCCAGUGCAGCAGAGCCGGCCUCUAUUGAGCCAGGUUCAUGCAGAUGCAGCAAAGGAGAACACCUGCUACUGUGGUGCCGUAGCCAAAAGACCAGAGAAAAAAGGGACGGAGCCUCUGCAGGGCCAUGCCACUCCAGCUUUGCCUUUUAAAGAAGCCCAGGAACUAUUACUCAGUCCCCUGCCCCAGGAGGGGCCUGUGUCUAUUGCAGCAGGAGAGAGUAGCAGCCUUUCUGCCAGCACAUCGGUCUCAGAUUCAUCCCAGAAAAAAGAAGAGCACAAUUAUUCCCUUUUUGUCUCUGACAACUUGGGUGAACAGCCAACUAAAUGCAGUCCUGAAGAAGAUGAGGAGGACGAGGAAGAUGUUGACGAUGAGGACCAUGAUGAAGGAUUUGGCAGCGAACACGAACUUUCUGAAAACGAGGAAGAGGAAGAAGAGGAAGAGGAUUAUGAAGAUGACAAGGAUGAUGACAUCAGUGACACUUUCUCUGAACCAGGCUAUGAAAAUGAUUCUGUGGAAGACUUGAAGGAGAUGACUUCAAUUACCUCUCGGAAGAGAGGUAAAAGAAGGUACUUCUGGGAGUAUAGUGAACAACUCACACCAUCACAGCAAGAGAGGAUGCUAAGGCCAUCUGAAUGGAACAGAGAUACCUUGCCAAGUAACAUGUAUCAGAAAAAUGGCUUACAUCAUGGAAAAUAUGCAGUAAAGAAGUCAAGGAGAACGGAUGUGGAAGACCUGACUCCAAAUCCUAAAAAACUACUCCAGAUAGGCAAUGAACUACGGAAACUGAAUAAGGUGAUUAGUGAUCUGACUCCAGUCAGUGAGCUUCCCUUAACAGCCCGGCCAAGGUCAAGGAAGGAAAAAAAUAAGCUGGCUUCCAGGGCUUGUCGGUUAAAGAAAAAAGCGCAGUAUGAAGCUAAUAAAGUGAAAUUAUGGGGCCUCAACACAGAAUAUGAUAAUUUAUUGUUUGUAAUCAACUCCAUCAAGCAAGAGAUUGUAAACCGAGUACAGAAUCCAAGAGAGGAGAGAGGACCCAACAUGGGACAGAAGCUUGAAAUCCUCAUUAAAGAUACUCUUGGUCUCCCAGUUGCUGGGCAAACCUCAGAAUUUGUUAACCAAGUGUUAGAGAAGACUGCGGAAGGCAAUCCCACCGGAGGCCUUGUAGGACUAAGGAUACCAACAUCAAAAGUGUAAUCAGCCUCAUUGGACCACUGGUCAGAAAUGUCUGUGUUUGUCACGUUAUUCACUGUAAAUUUUCAUUCUGUUUUGCAUGUCAGUUUAGCAUUAUGUAAACCUUUACAAUUAGGUUACAUUGUUUUAAGAACUGAGUAGCAUAAGUGAAGCAUGAUCCAAAAUACUUGAUUAUUACAUUUUCAGAGCAUAAACCGUUGGUUAAAACUGCUACUGGCAUCAGAAUUGAAACUCCUCCUACAUUUAAGUAGAUGUUUAGAUACAGAUUACAAAAUCUGUUAAAGCAAAACAUUUUGGAAGAGUGAAGAUAAUUGUAAAUGCCAAAUAUUGUGGCAGGUUUAUGCUCUGAACCACACAAAAAAAUUGAGGAAGCAUUUUUUUAAACAGUCAGUUUAGAUUGUUUUUAGAAUUAUUGCUUUUUGUUCUAAUUUUCCACAACCAUUAAUCUCACUUGUACAUGGCACAACCCAGCACUCAUGCCCACGUGCCAUAUUAGAUGUUCAUUUUCCGAGCUCAAUAUGGUAUAUAUAAAUAUAUAUAUAAAUAUAUAUAUAUAUAAUGUCUGUGCAAGUAAGAAAAAAAAGCAUAUUCUUUGUGCCUUGUAUUUUGGGGAAACUAUAAAACUGGUAAUAUUUUGUAUGAUGAAAACCCUAAUGAGGAAAAACAAGAUAUAUAGAUGGAAAAAUUAUGGGGUUUAAAUGUUUUUUUGUUCCAACUCUUUUUCAAAUUUUUUGAAUGUAUAUAGGACUAUGUUGAAAUGUAGAUAUAUGCCACAGAGUCUGUGUAUUGUAUAAAAAACAAAACAAAAAAACAAACAAAAAAAAGAUGGCUCUAGAAAACUCAUAUUUCGGUACUUGACCGGAAGAAGACAAAUACUUGCACAUUAUUGCGAUUGUUUUAUUUUUUGUACCAAAGACAAAUGCAACUGAUAUGGCAUACUGCCAGUCUAAGUAAAGUUUUGCACAGCUUACAUGAUACUGUAUGAAUGUAUGAAAAAAAAGGAGAAAAAAAACUGAAAAGGUCAGGGUUAGGGAUCUUACUGAACUGUGAAUUUUAUUUCUGUUUGGGUCCAAUUAUCUACAGAAGGAGCAUCCACACAUACAGAUAUUAUUUUGCUGUUCCUCUAGUUCGCUUCCAUAGUAGAUAAGUUGGUGGCCAUUUAGGUGUCUAUAAUAGUCUUUUUAUUUCUGCACUUAUUGUAGGAAAUUUUAAUAUAUUUCAUUUUAGUAAGCUAUUGGUAAAAUAGUUUUUGACCUUGAAAAUUAAAGUUUAUUUAGCUUAUUGUAGUAUACUUCCACCAAACAACCAAAAUACAGAUUAUUUUUAUUGUAUUAUGUAUAUAUAUGUAAAGACAGAAAAAAGCUAAAAAUAUCUAAUUCUUUAGUUGCCACUUUUCCAAUUGAUGUAUUAUUGUGCAUGUAAUAUUUUCAAAGAUCAACACAAGCUUAAAACAAAAACAAAAAGAUUUAUAGAUUUUUAUAUUUUUGUACAGGUAUUUUCAAACUAGCUUCUUCAAACUUAACAUGUGACUUAUUCUUCUUCUAUAGUUUCUAGAACUGAGAAAUAUUAACACAUUUAGUUUUUAGGUGCUCUUUUUUGUUCACAUAAAACAGCUUCAUUAGUCAGUGUUUUAACUAUGUUAAAGCUUUACCUCUUGAUGAGAAAUUUCUUAUGUCAAGGCAACGUUAUAAACCUUCCCUACAGAUCUUUCCGUCCUGUCUCUCUUACUGUUUUAUUUUCAUAUCUUGUGUUUUGAACAAUGAAAACUGAUAGCUUAAAAGUUAUACCUUAAAAAAAAUCCUAUUUAGCCAGAAAAAAAUACCAAAAAUUUCCGACCUAGCUGCUGGGAAAGUAUCUAUUUCUCUAACUAUUUCUCCAUUACCCCUUGGAGAAUUUAUUUUUAAUUAUAUUUUGUCUAUACAGUGUGUUUCCUUUCCUGUUAUUUUCUCCCUCCCCACCACACUUUCCCAUUUGUAAGUGAUAGCACAUGAAGCUAUAGCUUAUAAAGGUUUGUUUGAUUCUAAAACACACAGUAACAAGUGAGCAAUGUUGCUUUCAUGCUUCUUUGACAUUAUGAAAAAGAAACUCCAAGAAGGAUUGUCUUAACACCUUAGCUGAACUGUGAUGCACAAGAUUACCCUGUGUGCUUGGUGGAAAUGUACCUGGUUAGUGCAUUCACACUAAA